UUGAGGACGAAGAGUAAUCUAAAAAAUGGAAAGCGCUGAUUCCGGAGACAAAAUCGCCUUGCGCCGUCGCGGGCCUUGCCUUGGAAGGAACCAGCAGAUUAACCCUACCCGUGGGAGUGGGCUGGGCCGUGAUGAUAUAUAAACACAUCGAUCCCCACUUUACCUCUCCAUCAAUCGAUUCAGAGGAAUCAAACCAUAUAUCAUCAAUCUGUUCCGUUCUGCCUCUCCGAGUGCACGAUAAGAUGAAGCUCUUUGUUGAGACCCUCGCCGGCAAGAAGAUCACCGUCAAGGUCGACCCAUCGGACACCAUCAACGUCGUCAAGGCCAAGAUUCACGAGCAGCAGUGCCUUACCUUUGACGACGAGGACCUAGACGACGGACGCAGUGUCGCCUACUACCGCAUCCACGAUGGAUCCACUCUCCGCCUCGGUCUGCGCCCGAGAAGGAAGAUCGAAAUCUUUCUCAAAGGGUUGAGUGGCAAGACCACUACCCAUUAUUUUGAGGAGCUGGACACCGUCGAUUGCGUCAAGGCCAUGAUCCAGGAGAGAGACGGCAUUCCCGCAGACGAACAGAGGCUCAUCCAUGCCGGGAAACAGCUGGAAGAUGGUCGCACCAUGGCGGACUAUGCCCUCAAGGACUACGCCACAAUGCACCUCCUGCUCCGUCUCCGAUCAUGCAGUCAAUGCCCAAGCACCCACGAAAGUGAGCCAGCUCAAGAUCAGGAUUCCAAUGCAGGCUCCUUCAAUGUUAUCACUGAUGUUUCGCCCGAGGCCAAGCACCCUAAAAGCAAGAUUGCAACUCCCAUUGAUGCUGCUAACUUGAGGAGGAGCUCAAGAUCCAAUAAGUAUGAUGGCUUUAAGGUGAACCUUCAAUCUGACAGUAGAAUCCAGAAGUUCAAGGCGAAGAAGAGAUGCUUUCCCACACCGAUAGGCGCUACCAAAAGUGAGGACGAAGACGCUGGCUAAUUAAUCUCCAGGAAGAUGCUACUUCCCAGAAAUUUGCUAUUUUAUUACCAGUAUCUUGCUUAUGGGUUAAUUUAGUACUAGUAUCUUGCUUAUGGCUUUCUCUUAAGAACUGGAAUAUUUUGUGUUUGGAUUUUCUUGGUCUAAAUUUGGA